GGGUUUCUCCUUCCCCUGCCUUGGCCCUACACAAUGAGAGCCCUGCCUUGUUCCACGUGGCACCAUGGCGCUGGGCAGUGGGCAGAGUCAGGUCCGGGGCGCCCUGGGGACUUUCCCCUCUGGGGCGGGACACAGCUGACUUCAUCUGCUCCUCCCCCACACGGAAGGGGUGGAACCCUUCCCUCCUCUUCUCCCUCCUCCUUCUCCAGCGGCCACCAGGGACCCUGAGAUCCACCAGCCCAGGACCCCACGGCCAGGUCUGCUGCGCCACCCUCCAGGAUCUGCAGCAGGGGACACUCUGUGCAGGAGGCAGCUGGGCCAGAACAUGUCUCCACCCACCCCAGCCUCUGUGGCUCCAGGGUUCAUUCUCCCUCAUCCAUGGCCAUCCCAAGCCCAUCAAUCCAUGGCGCCUUAGACAUUCUAAGAGCCGUGGGAAGGGACAGACUGGUCCACCUGAAAGACAAGCUGGGGAGUCUAAUUCCAGGCAGCCAGGAGUCCAAGCUUCUUCACGCCAUGGUGCUCUUGGUUCUAGGCCAAAACACUACUGAGGCCAGGUUCUCUUUGGAAUCCUUGAAGGCAGACACAGUGGCCCAGCUGGUAGGCUGCCAGUGGGCAGGCGUGGACAGCACAGAAGGCCCCGAGGAGCCUCCAGAUUUGUCUUGGUCUGUGGCUCGCCUGUACCACCUGCUGGCUGAGGAGAACCUUUGUCCUGCUUCUACAAGGGACAUGGCUUACCAGGUGGCCCUCCAUGACCUCGCCUCCCAGGGUGACCACUUGCUGGACCAACUCCAGAAGGAGGCUCAGGAUCAAUGUAGUUCAGACAUCACGGGGAGCCACUGUAGCUUCCAGCCACUCCAUUCUGAUGAGGGUUGUCUUCCACCUUCUUCAGCAUCCCCUUCAGUAACCAGAAGCCAGCCUCAACCCAUUGACACAUCAGACUGGAGCCAGGGACAGUCUCUACACUCUACCAGCAGCAUUGCCUCACUGGCUAGCCACUUGGAGAUCAGCCAGUCACCCACUCUGCCCUUCCUCUGUCCACACCGUGGAACCCAUGGGCCCAGCAAGCUCUGUGACACACCCCCGGCAUCACCUGAGCCUCAGCUUAUCCCUGCAGGCUGCCAAGAACCUGAGGAAGUGAGCUGGCCUCUGUCAGUGGAGACCAGCGUCCCCUUGGGGUCACCACACAGAACUGGGGACCCAGAGGUAUCCCCUGAGGUGGCUCCAGUCAUCCUUCCUGAUUCUCUGGCUGCUCCAGACACGAGUGUCCACUGCCCGGUUGAAUGCACAGAGGUGUCUACAGUUUCCCUGUCUCUCCUGCCUCCCACCAGGGAAGGCAUUAGAAAGCAGCCAUCUAUCACAGGUCAGAUGUCACCUCCAGGCUCUGUAGGAGAUGACAGUCUGCAGAACACCACGUCCAGCCCCCCUGCCCAGACACAUUCCCCCCAGAUCUCCACUACACUGCCUCCUUCCCCUCCAUCCUCCACUUCCUUCUCCAGCAGCCACCCUAUUCCCCCAGCCUCCAUGUCCCCUGUUCUGGGCCACUCAGAAACAUCUGAGCAGAAAUUCUAUAACUUUGUGGUCAUCCACGCCAGGGCUGAUGAACAUGUGGCCCUACGUAUCCGGGAGAAGCUAGAGACCCUUGGGGUGCCUGAUGGGGCCACCUUCUGUGAGGAAUUUCAGGUGCCUGGGCGUGGUGAGCUGCAUUGUCUCCAAGAUGCCAUCGACCACUCGGGAUAUACUAUCCUACUUCUGACCACCAACUUUGAUUGUCGCCUGAGUCUGCAUCAAGUCAACCAUGCCCUUAUGAACAGCCUCACGAAGUCUGGAAGGCAGGACUGUGUGAUCCCCCUCCUCCCACUGGAGUGCUCCCAGGCUCAGCUCAGCCCCAACACGACCAGCUUGCUCCACAGCCUUGUGUGGCUGGAUGAACACUCCCCUAUCUUUGCCAGGAAGGUGGCAAACACCUUCAAACCACAGAAACUCCAGGCACACCGGAUCCGCUGGAAGAAAGAACAAGAGACCAGAGCUCUCAAGGAGCAGAGCACUCAUCUGGAGGCUGAGCGGCAAAGGGUGGCUGCCAUGUCUGCUGCCUACUCAACCUACAUCCACAGCUACAGCUCUUGGCAAGCACAGAUGGACAGCCUGCAGAUGGCUUUCAGGAAGGAUUUGCCACUGGGGGCCCCUACAUCCUUCCCCAGUUGGGUGGGAUGUCCACAGCCUUCACAUCUAUGGCAGGGUACCCCAGGUUCCCCCUAUUUCCUGCAGCCUCCAUCUUUCCCGCAGCCUCCAUCUUUCCCGCAGACCCCAUCUUUCCCGCAGCCUCCAUCUUUCCCGCAGCCUCCAUCUUUCCCGCAGACCCCAUCUUUCCCGCAGCCUCCAUCUUUCCCACAACCUCCAGUCUCUUCCCCGCAGUCCCCACCCUUCCCAUCUGCCUCCUCUGCAGCCACCCAGGCUCCAGGACCUCUCAUUAUUCAUCAUGCCCAGAUGGUUCAACUGGGGGUCAACAACCACAUGUGGGGCCAGACAGGAGCCCAGUCGACCAAUGACAAAACUGAGUGUCUGGAGGAACCCUGCUUGGACGCUCCGAGUGACCAGAAGGGACCCCUGCUUGAGACUCUAAAGUGAUCAUGAUGGAACCCACCUGGAUUCCUAAAGUGACCAGGCUGAACCCAACCUAGACUGCUAGAGUGGCCAAGCUGGAUUUUACCUGGGUUCUUAAAGUGACAGUGGGAAAGGGGAACCUUGCCUGGGCCCACACAGUGGCUGUGAAUUGGACCCAAGAAGCCAGGAAGACCUUGCCUGUAACUCAGAGCCUGGAAAAACAUCCAGAACCCUAUUGAACAUUGGACAGGACUCUGGGACCCCACCUCGCAUCCUCUAGGUGAACAGAUGGCUAUGGAACCAUAGGCUCCACCAAGGUGUCCCCAGCGGCCACGUGAUCUUCAUUCAGUGUGGCUCGUACUGUCUCUGGGGAAGAUGUGGUGCUAGGGCAAUGGAGAGGGUUCUGUUUUUAUAAUAAAGUUACUGACAGCUGAGUCACGAGCCAGAGUCCCCACCCACCACCGCCCACAGGAGACAGCUCCGCCAGGACUGGAAUAGGAUAGGAGCGCCAUCCGGCUCCCAAAAUGGCAGGAACCGGAAUCUGUAGAUGUAUUCUAAUCCUAUUGGACAGCGCGGACCACGUAGCCUUCUGCUGCAAUGGACUCUGGGAAAUGUAGUUUUAGGGGGCAGCCAUGUCUCAGGAAGUCUUCCAAUGUUAGGAAAGAAGUAAAAAAAGACACUCGGGAGUUUCUGGCGGUUUUGAUUGCUUUUGUGAAUUUAUUUAUGUAGUGUAUGUGUGCCAGGCAUGUGUGGAGAUCAUAAGGCAACCUGUUUGAGCCGGUC